AUGAUUAAAGGAUGCUUCUUUCCCCUCGAUCCUCCUCCUCCUCCGAAGAGCGUUGAUGAUGCGGCUUACACCCCAGAAGCAACCGCCAGUUUCUUCAGCUUGCUCACGUUCUCCUGGCUGACGCCCCUCAUGGCACUCGGAUUUUCCCGUCCGCUCGAGGCCCCAGAUCUAUGGAGGCUUCAGGACCAUCGCUCCUCCGCUGUCAUCUCUGACAAGAUCUUGAGUUCAUUCACCGCUCGAAGGGCGAAGGCAGACGAGUGGAAUGCUCGGCUCGAUAAGGGAGAGAUUAGUCCGGGAGUGGUGAAGAGGACGUGGUGGAACGUGACGGGCAAGAAGGAGAAGAAAGCGAAGGAGUGGCGAGAGGCGCAUAAGAAGAAGGCAAGCUUGGCUAUGGCGAUGAAUGACAGUGUCAUGGCCUGGUUCUGGUGGGGCGGGGUAUUCAAGCUCAUCAGCGACAUGUCCCAAGUCACUAGCCCUCUUCUGGUCAAAGCCCUCAUUAACUUCGCUACGGCCUCAUACGAUGCACAUCAACUUGGUCAACGCGCACCUUCCAUCGGUAAAGGAUUGGGAUACGCUUUUGGUCUCCUCGCCCUUCAAGCUCUCGGUUUCGUCGCCAAUCACCAUUACUUCUACCGGACCGCAUCCACUGGCGUCCUCCUCCGUGGCGGCCUCAUAACUUCUAUAUACUCCCUGGCCUUGCGGCUCACCACACGCUCCCGCUCUAAAUUACCCAACGGACGUCUUGUUAAUCACAUCUCGACCGACGUCUCCCGCAUCGACUUCUGCUGCCAGAACUUCCACGUAUGCUGGACGGCGCCGGUGACGUUGAUCGUCUGUCUAGUGCAGUUGAUCAUCAACCUUGGUCCAAGCGCGCUGGCUGGUUUCGCGACGUUUGUGGCUUUAGUGCCGGUACAGGGAAUUUUCAUCGGAGGGCUGAUCAAGAAUCGGGUUAACGCUAUGGUCUGGACGGAUAAGAGGGUCAAAGCGUUGCAGGAGCUGUUUGGGGGUAUGAUGGUGAUCAAGUAUUUUACUUGGGAGGUGCCGAUGUUGAAGAGGGUCAGGGAGUAUCGACGGCAGGAGAUGGCAUACGUGCGCACCCUCCUGUUCAUCAAGUCGGCAAACUCAGCGCUUAUGCUGGCGACUCCUGCGCUCGCGGCCGUGGUCGCGUUCCUCGUCUACUCAGCCUCAGGCCACACUCUGAACCCCGCCAAUAUUUUCGCCUCACUCACACUAUUCACACUUCUUCGCAUGCCGCUCGGUUUCCUUCCGAUGUCCAUUGGCUCAAUUACCGACGCAAGUAACGCCGUCAAACGCCUACAAGAAGUCUUCGAAGCCGAACUAGUCACUGAGACCCUCAUCACCGAUCUUUCCUUGCCAAACGCUCUCGAGGUUAAGGACGCCUCAUUCUCUUGGGACAUCACGGCCAAGGAUGCGGCGGAGAUCAACAAGACGCCCGACAUAAAGGAUGUCAAGAUCCGGAUGGGACCAGGUGGUGGUGGACCGAAAUCUAAGGCUAAGGACAAUGGUAAAGGGAAGGGUAAAGGGAAAGACGAGGGUAAGGAUGGCGUGAAGGCGUCGUUUCCAUCUCCGGACCCCUCGGCCGACAAACAGUCAGUCUUCACCAUUGACAACAUCUCACUUACCAUUCCCCGUGGAUCCCUCGUCGCAAUCGUCGGCCCUGUUGGCUCUGGCAAGACUUCGCUCCUACAAGGUCUCAUCGGCGAAAUGCGCCGAGCCUCCGAGCCAGAGAGCGUCAAGUUUGGUGGUAGUGUGGCGUACUGCUCGCAGAGCGCAUGGAUACAGAAUGCGAGUAUUAGGGAGAACAUUUGCUUUGGGAGGAAUUUCGAGGAAGAGAGCUAUUGGAAAGCGGUGAGGGAUGCUUGUCUUGGCAUGGAUUUGGAGAUGCUACCCCACGGUGACCUGACAGAAGUCGGGGAGAAGGGAAUAUCCCUCUCAGGCGGUCAGAAGCAAAGGUUGAACAUCGCUCGCGCCAUCUAUUCAGACUGCGACAUCAUGAUCUUCGACGAUCCUCUGUCUGCUCUGGACGCUCACGUCGGAGAGUCUGUCUUCAAUAAUGUCCUCCUCAACGCCUCCUCUGGCAAGACUCGCAUCCUCGUUACCCACGCUCUACAUUUCUUAUCCCAGGCUGACUACAUCUACACGCUCGACAAUGGGAAGAUCGCCGAACACGGGACCUACGAACAGCUUAUGUCUAGUCCUGGAGGUGUGUUCGCGAGUCUCAUCGAUGAAUUCUUGUCAAAAGAUCAGGGCGUUGCGGUAAAGACGGACGGUGAUGCCGGGGUCGUAAAGGGGGUGCCAAAGGACAUCGAACAGAAUGAGGACGAGAAAGAUACGAAGAAGGGAGCUUCGGUCGUGCAGGCGCCACAGAUGAUGCAGGAGGAGGAGAGGAAUAAGGGGUCCGUGGACUGGAGCGUUUAUGGAGCGUAUUUGAAAGCCGGGCAUGGAGGAUUCCUCGGGCCGUUCUUCUUGGUGGCGCUGGUGAUCUGGCAGGGCACGCAGGUUAUGUCUUCGUAUUGGCUUGUAUACUGGCAGGAAAUGAAAUGGGCGGAACCACAAGGCUUUUAUAUGGGUAUCUACGCAGCGCUCGGCUUUGGUCAAGCCCUCACAGGUCUUUUCAUGGGUGUCAUGAUGUCCUUGAUCGUCUAUUCCGCGUCAAAGCGACUUCACCACAAUGCUCUCAACCGCGUCAUGCAUGCACCGAUGUCGUUCUUUGAAACUACACCGCUUGGUCGUAUUAUGAAUAGGUUCUCCAAAGACGUGGACGCACUUGACAACGUCAUCGCGGAUGACCUGCGCAUGUUCAUCAACAUGGCUGCCGGUGCAGUCGGAGCAAUUAUUCUCAUUGCUAUUAUUCUCCCCUGGUUCUUAGUCGCGGUUGCCGUGUGUGCCGUCUUGUAUGCAUUAGCGUCGGCCUAUUAUAGAGCUAGUGCGGUUGAGAUCAAGCGACUGGAUGCCAUCCUGCGUUCUUCGCUGUACUCUCACUUCUCUGAGUCUUUGUCUGGCUUGGCCACCAUACGGGCAUACGGCGAAUUUGAAAGGUUCCACAACGAGAAUGAGAAAUUGGUCGACAUCGAGAACCGAGCUUAUUGGAUGACAGUGGUAAACCAGAGGUGGCUUGGAAUACGACUGGAUUGUUUUGGGGCGCUUCUUACUUUCGCCGUCGCCGUCUUGACCGUCGGAACGCGGUUUACCAUCUCUCCCGCACAGACCGGCGUUGUGCUCUCAUACAUCCUCCAGGUCCAAGUUACUUUCGGAUACCUCAUCCGCCAAUUGUCCCAAGUCGAGAACGAUAUGAACUCGGUCGAGCGGAUGGUAUACUACACGGAGCACAUCGAACAAGAGGCGCCACAUGAGAUUGAAUCAGUCAAGCCACCAGCAUCUUGGCCCUCUGCGGGUGAAAUUGAACUCAAGGAUGUGGCCAUGAGGUAUAGACCAAGUCUACCCCCUGUUCUCAAAGGCCUUAGUCUCUCAGUUCGAAGCGGCGAGAAGAUCGGGAUUGUGGGUCGAACUGGCGCUGGAAAGUCUUCCGUCAUGGUCGCACUGUUCAGGAUCGUGGAAGCGAUGUCCGGGUCUAUGACUAUCGACGGCAUAGACAUCUCGAAAGUUGGACUUGCGGAUGUUCGAGGCGCGUUAUCCAUCAUUCCUCAGGAAGCCACUCUAUUCUCUGGGACACUGCGCAGCAAUUUGGAUCCAUUCAAUGUACACGAUGAUGCGAAGCUAUGGGACGCCCUCAAGCGUUCGUACCUCGUGGAGCAGAUUCCAGGUCAACGGUCAUCCACUGAGCCCGCCCACAAGGACGGAUCGAGUACUCCGUCUGUAUCUAACCCUCGCUUCAGCCUGGACAGUCCUAUCGACGCAGAAGGCGCGAACCUAUCUAUCGGCCAACGAUCGCUCGUCUCGCUUGCGCGAGCUCUGGUCAAGGACAGCAGAAUCCUCGUUCUGGACGAGGCAACGGCAUCCGUUGAUUACGAAACGGACAGGAAUAUCCAGAAGACCAUCGCAACUGAGUUCGGGGACCGGACUAUUCUCUGCAUCGCUCAUCGUCUGCGGACUAUCAUAUCGUAUGACAGGAUAUGCGUGCUCGACGCCGGGAAGAUUGCUGAACUCGACACACCGGAGAACUUAUAUCAGAUAGAGAAUGGGGUCUUCCGCGGUAUGUGUGAACGGUCAGGUAUAACUUUGAAUGAUCUACGACAUGCUACGAAGGAGCGUGGGGUGGAGGGUGGUAGCAAGUAGUGAUGAGGGAAUGAGAAAGUAGUGGCUGUCCGAAUAUACCCGCCUGCUUUGGCAUACUAUACGCUUCAAUUAUCCCUGCUCAGUCCUAAUCUGAAUGUCACUUUGAUGAUUAAC